AUGUCUUGGAGUGGAUCAUCAGUUGGCUGCCAGCUUCCCAUCUUCGGCUACGUGAAGUUCCACAGUUUCGAAACCCCAAGCAAGAAACUUCCAGCAAUGAAGAUCUUUGUGUGUCUCCUGGCUGCUUUGGUUGCCACCACGUCGGCUGGCUUUAUUGGCGGCUCUGGCGGCGGUGGCGGCGGUGGUCACCAGGAGGUCAAGACAAUCCAGGUGAUUCAUCAGGAGGGCGGCGGCGGCGGCUAUUCCGGCGGCGGUCAUGGUGGCUACUCUGGCGGUUAUUCCGGCGGUCAUGGCCACCAGGAGGUCAAGACUGUGAAGGUGAUCCACCAGGAGGGUGGCGGUUACUCUGGCGGCGGUCAUGGUGGUUACUCCGGCGGCGGUCAUGGUGGUUACUCCCAUGGUGGACAUCAGGAGAUUAAGACCGUCAAGGUGAUCCACGAAGAGGGACACGCUCUUGGCGGCGGCGGCGGUUAUGCUGGCGGUUUCUCCGGACAUGGACACGGAGGACAUGGUGGCCAUCAGGAGGUUAAGACCAUAAAGGUGAUCCACGAGGAGGGCGGUCACGCUCAUGGCGGUCAUGGUGGUUACUCUGGCGGCGGUCAUGGAGGUUAUUCCAGCGGUGGACACCAGGAGAUUAAGACUGUCAAGGUUAUUCACCAGGAGGGCGGCGGCCAUGGAGGCUACUCUGGCGGUCAUGGAGGCUACUCUGGCGGCGGUCAUGGUGGUUACUCCCACGGUGGACAUCAGGAGAUUAAGACCGUCAAGGUGAUCCAUGAAGAAGGACACGCUCUUGGAGGCGGCGGCGGUUAUGCUGGCGGUUUCUCUGGCCAUGGACAUGGACACGGCGGCCACGAGGAGGUCAAAACCAUUAAGGUGAUCCAUGAGGAGGGCGGCCACAGCCACGGUCAUGAUCAUGGCCAUGGCCAUGGACAUGGCGGCUUCGAGGAGGUCAAGACCAUCAAGGUGAUCCACGAGGAGGGUCAUGGUCAUGGUCAUGGUGGUGGUCACGUCCACGCUCCCAGCAACGAGUACCUGCCGCCCAGCAAUGAGUACCUGCCCCCUGUGGCAGCUCCUCCCUCUGGCUACCUGCCCCCAGCCUCCAGCUGGAAGUAAGCUGUGAUUCGAGCCAUACUGAUCCUCGAGUCUCUUGUUAAGUAGUUUUAGGCAUCCCUAUUUUUUUCGAUCCCAUCUUUUUUUUACUGUUGUCUCCAUUUUAUAUCACUUAAAAAAAAAAAAAACAAAACAAAAAUAAAAUACCAUCUGUAAAUUAUAAAAA